AUGCCUGCCCUCGUCUACCCUGAACUCAAGCCGUGGACGCACGCCAAGGAGACGACGACCGAGCUCGAUUAUGCGCCUCUCGCUGUGCUUGAUUUUGCCAAGUGGGACUUGCCUGGUGGAAAGGAGGAGUUGGCAAAGGAGCUGAACGAAGCCGCCCACUCGAUGGGUUUCUGGACAAUUAUCAACCCUGGCAUCCCCGAAGAGGCUCUUGACGCACAGUUCGCGCUGGCUAACACAUUCUUCUCGCUGCCUCAGGAGGAGAAGGAGGAGGUCACCUUCAUUGCUGGAGAGAGUUGCUGGGGAUACCGACCCCCGGGAACUAUCAAGGGGACAGAGUACAAGGAGAACAUUGAGAUGGUAAAUCUACACAAAUUCACUGAGGGCACGAACUACCCGCGACAUGCUUUCAUGAAGCGCUACGAGCCCUUGAUCACCUCAUUCCAAAAGCUGGUCCAUGAAGCAGUUAUCACCAAGAUCUUCAUUCUCUUUGCGAUCAUGCUGGAGCUGCCUGAGAAUCACUUCACAGACAUGCAUAAGUUUGAGAAAGCGAGCGACGACCAUGUCCGAUUCAUCAAAUAUCGAACACGAACAAUCGACGAGGACAAGGCGGUCAACGACCAGUGGAUGGCCGGCCAUACUGAUUUCGGCUCAAUCACACUCUUGUUCCCGCAACCCAUUGCCGCACUUCAAGUCCGCACACCGGAAGAGGAGUGGAAAUGGGUUAAAUACGUCCCGGGUGGAAUUGUUUGCAAUGCUGCAGACUUAAUCUCCAUGAUGACCAAGGGCUAUGUCAAAUCCGCGAUUCAUCGGGUGAUGCGGCCUCCACCUGACCAAGCCCAUCUCGACCGACUCGGGAUGUUCUUCUUCGUCCGCCCGACCAACGAUGUUCUCAUCAAGCCGGGUUUCAGCCCUGUUCUGAAACGCGAGGGCCUCUGGACUAAGGAAGACGAGGAGUUCAAGGACGAAGAUGCUGCAACUUGCGGAGAAUUUGUGCUUGCGCGGAUGCAGAACUUCAACCUCAGUCGGACGAAGGAUCUGAAGGAGAAGGAGUCCCGCCCGACACUGCUGUCUGAAAGUCAUGGCUUCCAUGCUACAAAGGAGCUUACUGCGCCCGGCCACUCGGAGUGCAAUCCUUGGACCUUUGGCACGCCCAAGAUUGCUGUCGACCCUUAUUUCCCAGCACAGAAUCAUAACAAGAAACCAGUAGCUGACACGCGAUGGCGCGGUUUACGCUGGAAUUCCACCAAUUCCACAUUCCUUCCCGAAGCACCUUUACCACCCGUGAACGACCUUCCCAUCGAAACUCUGACGGAUGCAGUGGCCGCUAUUCCACCGCUGCAGCAAGGCGACUUGGCUGCACUGGGACUGUGUAAUUGGACGCCGGCGGGAAUGGUCCAAUAUUCUUUUGAGGCCGUCCAUCUCGUGACUGGGCUCCCGUGGUUCUGGACGUUUGUCGCUGCUACUCUCUUCUGGCGUGUCACGCUUUUCCCCUUCGCCGUUGCUGGCAUGCAAAAUGCCUCCCGGAUGAAACCAAUCCAACCACUGAUGAGGGUGCAAGCGGAGAAGAUGAAUGCUGCUCGGCAGGCCGGAGAUGUUGCUGGCAUGCAACAAGCAUCGUUGGAGCUGGCCCAGAUUCGAAAGAGUGCUGGGGUGACGACAGCGGGGAUGAUGGUCCCGCCGUUGGUCCAGUUGCCCAUUUCUCUGGGCAUGUUUAUUGGGAUCAAAAGUAUGUGCGAGUUGCCUGUUAUCCAGCUCGCCCAGAGUGGAUUUGCCUGGUUGCCGGACUUGACUCAACCUUCGCCAUAUUAUAUAUUGCCAAUUAUACUGGCAGCGAGCGGCAACGGGCUCAUUAUGCUGAGCUCGCGCGAUGCCGACUUGUCUAACGCGACCAUUGCUCAUCUCAUGAACGUUUUGCGAAUGGUGAGCUUUGUCGCGAUCCCCUUCAUGGGAAGUCUUCCCUCGGGCGUUCUCGUCUCUCUCGUCGUCACCUCUUUGGCUUCGAUGGGACAGGCGCUUCUCCUACGGCUCUCGGCUGUCCGCGCUUUCUUUGGAAUUGCACCAUUGGAUCCUAGCACCAGGUCCCAGCUGCCUACGCUUCGCGAAUCACUGAAAUAUUACUUGCCGCCAAAAUAG